CCCGAGGCCGAGCGCGGACGCCGAGCGUGGGAGCCAUGGCGCGCGAGGAGGAGAGGGACCCCGAGCGCCGGGAGGCGGCGGCGCGGGCCAGCGGCGAGGAGGAGGAGGAGGAGGGCGAAGAGGGACUGAGCGACAGCGACGACGAGGACGAAGACGACGAGCCCGGCAGCGGCGGGGAAGAGGAAGAGGAGGCGGCGGCGGCCGAGCGGGAGCGCAGCGAGGACGCGCGGCUGCAGCGCGCAGGGUUGCCUCCCGCCGCCGUCCCCGCCGCGGCCGCCCGCGACAGGAGCGGCCGCCGCCCGCCGGGGCCCCAGCCGGGGCCGCUACCCUGCCGCCCGAGGAUGCCGUCGCCCGACGACGAGGACCGCGAGCGUCGCCGGAGCCGCCGGAGGGACCUUCUGCUGAGCCAGCUCUGCUUCCUGGCCUUGGUGGCGCUGCUGCUCUGGUCGCUGUCGAGCAUGCAAGAGCAUAAUGACCUCGACUUCAUGGACCUCCUAGGGGAAGACCGACAGUGGACGGUGGGGAGGAAGUUAAUGCAGGUGAACGACACUCUGACUUCAGAAGAUGCAGGACUCCGAAGCAGUAAGAACUGCACUGAACCAGCCCUGCACGAAUUCCCCAAUGACAUCUUCACCAACGAGGAUCGAAGACACGGGGCGGUGGUUCUCCACGUGCUCUGCGCCAUGUACAUGUUCUAUGCGCUAGCCAUUGUGUGUGACGACUUCUUCGUCCCCUCCUUGGAAAAGAUCUGUGAGCGCCUGCACCUCAGUGAAGAUGUGGCCGGGGCCACAUUCAUGGCAGCAGGCAGUUCGGCCCCAGAGCUGUUCACAUCUGUCAUAGGGGUCUUCAUCACCAAGGGUGACGUGGGAGUCGGGACCAUCGUGGGCUCCGCGGUGUUCAACAUCCUGUGCAUCAUCGGUGUCUGCGGGCUCUUUGCUGGGCAGGUUGUGGCUCUUUCCUCCUGGUGCCUGCUGAGGGAUUCGAUCUACUACACGCUGUCUGUGGUGGCGCUCAUCGUGUUCAUUUAUGACGAACAAGUUUCCUGGUGGGAGUCUUUAGUCCUCGUACUGAUGUAUCUCAUCUAUAUCGUCAUCAUGAAAUAUAACGCUUGCAUCCAUCAGUGCUUUGAAAGAAGGACAAAAGGUGCUGGAAACAUGGUCAAUGGCUUGGCCAACAAUGCUGAAAUUGAUGACAGCAGCAACUGCGACGCAACUGUGGUGCUACUCAAGAAAGCCAAUUUCCACCGCAAAGCGUCAGUGAUUAUGGUAGACGAGCUGCUGUCAGCCUACCCUCACCAGCUUUCUUUCUCUGAGGCUGGACUUCGAAUCAUGAUCACCAGCCACUUUCCCCCCAAGACCCGACUCUCCAUGGCCAGUCGCAUGUUGAUCAAUGAGAGACAAAGACUGAUAAACAGUAGGGCCUAUGCCAAUGGAGAAUCCGAGGUGGCCAUCAAAAUCCCAAUUAAGCACACCGUGGAGAACGGGACAGGGCCCAGCAGUGCCCCAGACAGAGGCGUGAAUGGGACUCGGAGGGAUGAUGUUGUGGCCGAGGCUGGUAACGAGACAGAAAAUGAGAAUGAGGACAAUGAGAACAACGAGAAUGACGAAGAGGAAGAGGAGGAUGAGGAGGAUGACGAAGGACCAUACACGCCAUUCGACCUCCCCUCUGGAAAACUGGAAACAGUGAAGUGGGCGUUCACCUGGCCACUGAGUUUUGUUUUAUACUUCACUGUACCCAACUGCAACAAACCCCGCUGGGAAAAAUGGUUUAUGGUGACAUUUGCUUCUUCCACGUUGUGGAUAGCAGCCUUCUCCUACAUGAUGGUGUGGAUGGUCACAAUCAUUGGAUACACACUGGGGAUUCCUGAUGUCAUCAUGGGGAUUACCUUCCUGGCAGCUGGAACCAGUGUGCCCGAUUGCAUGGCCAGCCUCAUCGUGGCCAGACAAGGCAUGGGAGACAUGGCCGUGUCCAACUCUAUUGGGAGCAACGUAUUUGACAUCCUCAUCGGCCUUGGUCUCCCGUGGGCCCUGCAGACCCUGGCUGUGGAUUAUGGAUCCUAUAUUCGGCUAAACAGCAGAGGACUCAUCUACUCCGUGGGCUUACUCCUGGCCUCCGUCUUUGUCACGGUGUUUGGCGUUCACUUGAACAAGUGGCAGCUGGACAAGAAGCUCGGGUGCGGGUGCCUUUUCCUGUACGGCGUAUUCCUGUGCUUCUCCAUCAUGACGGAGUUCAACGUGUUCACGUUUGUGAACUUGCCCAUGUGCGGGGACCACUGACCCGCCCGGCCGCCCGUCGAGCCUUGGGCCUCCUUUUCUGUGCAAUACAAGAUCCAGCCGCACCCCGAGUCACGCGGCCCGCCCCCGCCCCGGGGCCGGGGCCUCCGGCUCUCCCGCGCUGGUCACAGGCCUCCGC